AUGCUAUUAGCAGUGGCUAUUUUUCUAUUCCAAUUUGGACUUAUAACUUAUGGUGAUGAUUUAUGUCCUGUGUCGAAGAUUACUUCGGCUGGACUUAUAACUUAUGGUGAUGAUUUAUGUCCUGUGUCGAAGAUUACUUCGGCUGGUCGAGAAAAUAUUUUGAAGAAGCUUAAUGACAUUCGGACGAAAGUUGCUAUGGGCCAGUUCUCGACAUCAGAUGGAACGUAUCCAGCAGCCAAGGAGAUGUACAAACUGGUUAUUACUAAUGUUUAUUAA